CCAGCGAUGGCUUCUCUGAGGCAGGAGCACCAGUACGGGCUCUCCUGUGGAAAAAACAACAAAAACAGCCCCAAUAGGACGCUGUACCAUGUCAAGCUCACGGACACGGCUAUCAGAGCGCUGGAGGCGUACCAGAACCUCAAGGGGUCUUUAUCAAGUGAGCCAUCAAUAUGUUUCAAAGGGAGCCAAGGGUACAUCAAGAUCCCAGCUCCCACUUCAGAGUCUCCUUCUGCCCUCCGUGUCUUUUCCUUUUACUUGUCCAGCGACAGCAAAGACCAGCCACAGGCCAGCUUUGACUGCAUCCAUCAGUAUGUGUCGAGUGACGGCCGCGAGCAGCUGGAAGGUCAGGGCAGCAUCCAGGACAAGAUCACUGUGUGUGCCACCGAUGAUUCCUACCAGAUGACCCGCGAGAGGAUGUCGCAGGUGGAGAAGGACAGUUGGAGUCGCUCUGCCAUUGAGAUCAAACCUGGAGCAACACAUCCAAGUAAAUGUGUCAAGUACCAGAAGAGGCCAGGUCCACUCCCUGCCUCAGACAGCAGCUUCUCCAAGUACUCUGUGAAUAACCGGAGGAAUGGCAGUAUGGCGACCUCAAUGCAGAAGCCCCUGAAGGAUCGCAUCGUCCACCUACUGGCUCUCAAACCCUACAGAAAACCAGAGCUGCUGCUGUGGCUGGAAAGAGAAAGAGCAAGCCCCAAAGAUAAGGCCGAGCUGGGUGCCAUACUGGAGGAGGUGGCCAAAUUGAACCCCAAAGACAGCAGCUACUCACUGAGAGAUGACUUCUACAGGCAUGUGCAGAGAGACUGGCCAGGCUACAACGAGGAGGAGAAGCAGCUUGUCAGCCGGCUGCUGGCCAGGAAGUUGCAGCCACAUAUUGGCAACCAGUCGCGAAAUCCUCAACCAAACCCAUCAGUACUGAGGACGUCAGAGGAUCAAAGCAUAGCAAAAAAUCCUGCAGUGAAACGCCCUGUGCCUUUUGACUCACAGGAAAGACUAGCAGCUAAGAGACAAAAACUCACAGACCAGAGGUUACAACAGCAGCCAGCUGUAAACGGACUCUUAAACAAUAAAGGAGGACACGAUGAUGCAACUCCUACCCUUAACCCAAGUUUCCACACAAAGACUGAGUUUCAAAGGACAGAUAACCAUACUGAUAGCCAAAAUGGUUUACCAGGGAGCCAUAAUUCCUUUCCUCUAAUGCACAAACGAUCUAGCACUUCUGACACGCCUGUUUCAGAGACCAGGGAGCAAGAACCCAAAGUAAGCAGCCUCCAGCCAACCCAGCGUGACUCCAACUGUGCUCAGCCACAGCUCGCCAACAGCCAACACAGAAAGAAGAAAUCGAAAAAGCACAAGGACAAGGAGCGCGAGAAAUUGAAAGACGACCAUAGGACUGACUGGUUAAAGACAAAUAAUGAGCUCGAGAAGAAUCCAGACAAACUUGACAAUCCUGACAUAACAAAUACUGUGGUUUCUGAGGAGAAGCCAGAUUAUGUGCUAAAAUACAGCCCCAUAGCAAGUUUAGAGCAACGUGAGCAGUACCAGGAGGAUUUCUGCGCCGAGUACGAUGAGUACAAAGACCUCCAUUCCCGGAUUGCCACCAUAACUCACAUGUUUGUUCAGCUGGGCUCUAAAAUCAAGAGCCUGUCCCCUGGUACUCAAGAAUAUAAGACAAUGGAAGACCAAAUACUAGAAAAGUACAACAAGUAUCGCAAGAAGUUUCCCGGUUACCGGGAAGAAAAGAAACGCUGCGAGUAUCUCCACGAAAAACUUUCCUAUAUCAAGCAGCUCAUCAUGGACUAUGACGUCUCUAAAGCUUCCUCGUAGCAGAUUUUCAUAUAUGCAUACACAAACAGAGUGUCAAACAAAGAGUUUUUAUAUGGUGAAAAGGUUUUAUAUGAAAAAGGCAGACGUUAUUGCAGACCACAAAUGAUGCCCUGAGCGUUGGUGAUAUUAAAUAUAUAGCAGAUUUCUAUUGCGGUCUUUUAGUUGUGUAGUUAUGACUUCUUUAAAGAUAUCUCAUGGAUUUAAGAAGUCAGAGGGAGAGGCAAAGAGAGAGUCUUGGCACUAAUGAGGACUGUGAACCUCACUUUGCCAAGAUGGAUACAUUUCCUAAAACCUUCUGUCAGCCAGACUCUGUGUCAGACAUUUGAAUUGAAAUAUAUCAAAGGUAGAAGUGACUUUAACUUAUUCCCUUUGUUUUUGAGACUUGCUCAGUCAAAUGUUUUUCACUCUCUUUUUUUUUAAACAUUUAAAGAUUUAAAUAAGCAGCAUAAAAGAGACACUACUGUUCAGGUUCUUAUCAAAGCACCCUAAUUUGCGAUUAAUGACAGAAGCUGUGCACUGCAAAGAAAAAGAAAAUGAAAUGAUUUAAAUACUUUUUUCAGAUUUAUCCUUUAUGUCUUAUUGUGCAAAGUGAGUGAGAUUUUUUCCCCCCUCUUUUUCCACCUGCAGUGUGUCAGGCAUUUAUCUUGGAGGAAGGGAUGUUUUAGAGUUCUGCAUUACAUUUGUUCUGUACUGGAAAUAAGUGGAAUAAUUGUCAAUCUGUGGCAAAACAAAAAGUCAUGUAAGAUAAUGACAUUUUGCGAUGCAGCCAGUAAGAGGUUCCUGCUGUUUAGCUGGAGUCAGCUGGUUUCUUACUUUUUAUGAAGUAUGCGAUCUUCACAUUUCACACACUAAAUUGAUUCGGGCUCAUUUUGAAAGCUGCUGAAUCCAACGAGCAAAAACUUGUUCUCAAUUACCUGGUUGAACAUGUUAAGAGCUUCAGGUUCACAUGAAACUUACUGCAAUAAGUCGAUAUGUGCCGUAUUUAUAAAGUAUUUAUUAAGUACACUCCCUUUCUUUUGCUAAACUGACCAAAAUGCUCAGACGUCAUUAAUAAGCAAGCAGCAAGUCUAGUUUAAAGUAUUUAAACCUACUGGAAAGAAGUGUCUUUGUCUCUUUUUACAUAGAACUACUGAUGUAUUUAUUUUGAAAGGAUUUUCUUCAUUCCUGUGUCGCUGGUCUCCACGGAUCGUGGUAGCCGGUCUUGGUAGAUCUAAGUGUUUGUAUCCAAGCAAGAGAGGGAAAAGUUGUAGAUGAAAGUAUCAUAACUUACUGUGUGUUUUGUCUCUGCAGCCCCAAAGGACUCUCAAUAUUAAAAGAUUGAUAUAGCUACAGAAGGUCUUGGUAGCAGUGAAUAGACACGUCACCUAACUCUCCGGCUAUGUUUGAAACCAUUCACUUGUACACUAUAAAAAUAGAUUUAAAAAAAGAAUGAGGCACAUAGCAAACCUGUUACUUUAAACUUCAGUGCUGCUGUGAACAUUUUUAUAUCACAAUGGCAAAAACUACUUUAUUUUUUUCAUGAAUUGGCACAUUGAUGUGGCAAGGAUAUUGGAAAGUUGUGUGGGGUCAGUUAUGAUCCUGGAAAUCUGUGCAAGGUUUUCAACAUCAUGGGGUUUGAUUUAUUGUAAUUUUCCACUUCUAAGUACUACAUCGUGGUGUUUUGUAGUGAGCCAUGGCUCAUAGAGACAAAGCAACUAGGUUUACUGCAGCAGAAGCCUUGAUGCAAUGAAAGCAGCUCAGUUAGAUGAAAACGGUUAAAUGAACAGAACAGUUUGCAUUCAUUUUCGUAGGCACACUUGUUCAACUCAUUUUUAAAGACCAAAUCAGCCAAUCAUGUGGCAGCAACUCAAUGCAUUUAGGCAUGUAGGCAAGACGACCUGCUGAAGUUCAAACCAAGCAUCAGAAUGGGGAAGAAAGGUGAUUAAGUGCCUUUGAAGUUGGUGUGGUUGUUUGUGCUAGAAUCCCAGCUGGUCUGUGCAUUUCAGAAACUGCUGACCUGCUGGGAUUUUUCCCACACCGCCAACUCCAUGGUUUACAGACAAUGGUCCAAAAAAAGAGAAAAUAUCCAGUGAGCGGCUGUUCUCUGGGCAAAAAUGCUUUGAUGUCACAGGAGAAUAACCAGACUGAUUCAGGCUGACAGGAAGGCAACAGUAACCACUUCUUAAAACUGAGAUAUGCAGUUUGAACAUUGCAGCAGAAUGCCAUACUGGUUGGCACUCCUGUCAACUAAGAACAUGCUACAGUUUCGGCACACUCACCAAAAUUGGGGGAAAAAGACUGAAAAAAUGUUACUCAGUCUGAGGAGUCUUCAUUUCAGCUGUUACACUCAGAUAGUGGGGACAGAAUUUGGUAUUUUCUCGGCACACUUUGGCCCCUUACCACACGAGCAUCGUUUAAAUAAUGAUAAAUGACCAUUAGGAUAAGGUGACCUGUCACGACGUUCAAAUCAUCUCAAACUGGUUUUUCAACACGACAACAAGUUCACUAUAUUCAAAUGAGCUCCACAGCCACUACAUUACAAUUGAAUAGAGCACCUUUGAGAUACAGUGGAUUAAGAAAUCCACAUCAUGGAUGUGCAGGUGACAAAUCUGCAGCAGCUGUGUGAAGCUAUCAUGUCAAUAUGGACCAAAAUCUCUGAGGAAUGUUUUCAGCACCUUGUUAAAUAUGUGCUGUUCCGAAGGCAAACAGGGUCCAGCCCAUGCUAGCCAGAUAUACCUAAUAAAGUGUCCGCGUAGGUACGAUGAACAUAAAUGCCGUCAUUAAAGAAGUAUUCCUGUGUAAACUGGAUAAUUAACCCCACAAAGUCAUUUUACUUAUGAGAAAAGUUCACCUUUAUGAGGGUUGAUGUUCAUAUUGUGUUGCUUUUUUUUGGCUUAUUAGAAAAUAAAAGUAGUUAACUGAGGAUGUUUUAUAGUGUACAGUGACUGGUUUCAAGAAGCUGCCACUAUAUUGGUAAAAUGUGUGCAUUUGCUAACUUACUAUAUGUUGUAGUAUUUAGGUAUUUUACGCUUGGAGAGCUGAUUCUCAACUUUUAAUCAGUGCCUAUUCAGAGUGUAUUUGUCCAUUGUGGCUGCAGCUUUUGUAUUGAAUGUCAUUACACAGUCAUUGACAUAGAAGCCUUAAGGAUACUUGUAUAGUCUUCAAACUGCCAAUAUCAAGAUGGUCAUUAUCCAUACACACUCAUCUGUUAUCUGCCUUAUUGCCACUGUUUGCUGUUUAAAACUGUUUAAAUGAUUGCCAACAGUGGCUUUCUGUAUUCUUAAUGUAAUUUAACGUUCUCUGUUUCCUGUGAUGACAUUGCUUACUCAUUUGUUGCAUUUGUAAUCCUUCUGGUACAUUUUUGCUUUAUUCAUCACUGAGGUAAAUGUGCAGGCAUUGGCCAUUAAGAAUAACACUUAUAUAUUUCUAAUGCUGCCAAUAUUCCUGUUGACACCCUGUUUUACUUUCUGAGCACACAGAGUAGUUUGAUUUGAAAAUUUGCCUUUUAGUGAUUUCGGCCAUAUUUCAAGCACAAAAAGCCCAAUCUUAAAAGUAACAAUUGACGAACAAGUGGUAAUUAUGAAAAGAUUUAUAGAAAGAAAGGAAUUGAUGUGUCAGAUUAUUGAUGGAAAACCAUAAUUAUAUUUGGAUUGUUGUGAUUAAGAGGGUAUGAUUAUAUUUGGGCGAUUGAGCAGGAUAAAAGUAUCACCAACGAUGAAGACCCAGAGAGGAGCGUAUGCAUUAUGAACUGCAUUUUACAGUUGUGUACUUUCUCUUCUUCUAUUGUGCAAAUUUCAAACAAAUAAAACCAUCAAAGAGAUCUAUAA